AUGACGAAUAAUCAGCGAGAGAACAUACUAAAUGAAAUUAUUGAAGAGUUUAAACUCUCUGAUAACGCUGAGCAAGAGAUGUGUUUGAGAAUAAUUGGAGAGCAUUUUAUCCGUGGAGAAGUAAAACAAUUGCUUAUGUUUAUUACUGGUAUCGGUGGCUCAGGAAAAAGCCAUGUAAUUCGCGCGACUGUAGAACUGUUCAGAAGAUGUGGGGCUCCGGAAAAAUUAACACUGAGCGCACCUACAGGCAGUGCCGCAGUAUUGAUCGAUGGCUACACAAUCCACGCUUUGACAUUUCUUCCGAAA